AUGCAGCAUAUGCGAGAUAUCAGUUGGCUUGAUAUCGGCCUCCGCGAGGAUUCCAGACUUGCUGUUUUGGAUCACGGCCGGUUGCAACAAGUGGUAGCCGAGCUGCCCGAUCCAGAUGAUCAAUAUCCCGCGCUAUGUGUGUUCCUCGGUGGCAAGGUCAAGAACCACGCCCUACAGCAACUUUAUCCCCUAAACAAUAUAAAAAGACACGCUGCGGGGGCGCACAUUCAACUACGAUAUGAUAUUGCAUCUUUGAAAUGCGACCAACCAAUUUUCUUCGCCGAUGGUGACAUCGUGCUAGCGGAACAGUCAUGCCCCACGAAGAGAUUUGAAGCCGGCAUGGGCUAUCCAGCGCCUUGGGAUUGCCGGUCGGCUGGCACUAUGCUUCUACUACUUUGGUCGCGUUUGAUCUUUCUCUUCGCCGACGUCAUUUGCAUUUUUAUUGACGAUUUGCCGGACCUUGAAAAGGUUGUGGACUUUUUGGGUAGCUGCGCACGGCUUCGCUCCGCGUCUUCUUUCUCUCCUUCUGUCUUCCCCCGGGUGAUCUUCGUCUUCGGAGCAGAGAAUAGUAAGCAGGAGAGAGAUAUACCGGAUAUGGCACUGCUGUACCGGAAAAUUCGUGAGCGUGGAUGCAGUAGUCUAUCCGAAGUGUUCUCGGGCAUCCAGUCAAUCCACCUCGCGGAUGAUCGUUUGUCAGUUACCGCGAGUUACGAGCGUAUGAAAACCUUGAUUGCGGGACAAUUAGAUAUCAUGUGCACGGUCCGCCAGGAGCAUCUAGGUCGACCAAACGGCACACAAUUGGCAGCGCUGUUCCAGUCGGCAUUUUGGCAUAUGUUGACCAAUACUGAUCAAGCAUUCGAUGUUGUGAGAGCCACGAGGAAAGAUCGCCCUGUGAGUCUGUGCAUACAAGACAAUUUGGCUCAUUAUCUGGAGGCUGGGAGCCGCGCGGACCUGCACCCCCAGGAACUGGCCCCGUCGAUCGCGUCAGCGAUACUGAUGGACCAUUAUGUACCUAACAUGCUUGCGUCAAAACCGUGCGUUGUUUUCCGGACAUUGUAUCGGCCCGCCAUACUUCAAGGGUAUUUCAGAUCCAAAGCUCUUUGGACGGACCAGUGGCCAGAAGAGCAGACCGAUCUGGUUGAGAGGCAUUUCUCCACCUUCUUCGAUCGCCUCUCGCAAACCGAACGCUCAUCGAUGCAUAUACGAGAAGAGCAAUUGAUGUCUCAGAGCGGCCGACUUUGUCGGGUACGCAGUAACCAUAUCUGCCUAUAUUGUCUUUUCCGUACUGCACAACACAUUCUGGCCUGUGGGCAUGCACUGUGUGACCGCUGUGCUCAAAUUUUCGGGACCCCUACAACCGGUUUAGAGUGUCAGUUUACCCUCAAGGGCUGCCUCUGUUGUCUCUACCAGAGACCAUUGAUUGUGGAUAUCCUGCCACCAAGUGUGAGCCCCACGGUCCUGGCUAUUGACGGAGGAGGAGUCCGGGGGGUUAUCCCGCUAGAAUUCCUUCUUCUCGUACAGGAACAUCUACGCCCCUGCGCGAUUCAAGAUGUGGUCGAUCUCACUCUUGGUACAAGUUCAGGAGGGCUGAUCGCCCUAGGGCUAUGUGUCAUGACUUGGGAUGUUGCGGCUUGCUCCAAAAUCUUCGAGAAUUUAGCGCGCCGCAUCUUUCACGAACGGCGCCAUUCAACCUUGGCCUACCUGCUUCGUCACAUCUACGGAUACAGGCCUAUUUUCGGAGAAGUAGCUCGAUGGAUCCAGUGGUUUCUCCAUGAUAGCUGUUACGACGCUAGGGUGUUCGAUACCGCGCUGAAAGGCGUUUUCGGGGAGAAACGCUGUAUUUUUGGUCCCAGCCGCGACGAUCCACGGGGGCCCUUGCGCUCGGGCCCCAAGGUUGGAGUGGUGACUACGAGCAUCUCCAGAGACACAGGCACCUUUGUGAUCGGAAACUUUAAUGCAGCCCAUGACUCAUGUGGUGAGCAGAGUAAGCUCGUGCUCUCGACCUUAUUUGCAAUCUACCGAGUGGCCAGAGCCACAGCGGCUGCUCCUUUUUUCUUUACGCCUGCAGAUCUACCAGGAAUAGGUUCCUUCCAGGACGGUGGGCUGAAAUACAACUUUGCCGGGGAGAUUGCCAACCAGGUUAGCCGCCAGAUCUGGCCCCAAGGGGUGGGAUCCAUAAGAUCCCUAUCUCUUGGUACAGGAAUUGCCCCAGCCUUGACUAAUCAAACUCCGCACUUCCGCCAUAUCUUUCGAGACAGUUUCGUCCGCCGGGGCUUCGAUGCAUGGAUGUCCACGAUGGAGACGGAUAGCGAUUGGAAAAAAUGGAAAGGCCAGCUCAAAACGUCGACCAGUCAAGACUGUCACCGUCUGGACGUGCCGCUGGGGAAUACUUCCAAUAUGAUCGAUGGUGUUGGGGCUAUGGAGGAUUAUAGAAAUCUGGUCAUCCUGCAACCUGGAAGCGCCCGGAUGGCUCGGGAAGCGGCGGUUAUGCUGCUCAUUUCUCGGUUCCAUUUCGUGCUCGGUGAUUUACCGGAGAACACUGCGACCCCUUUUGGUGUCGCGGAUCCAUACGCUGUAGAGGGUCGGCUCGGAAUGUAA